ACCAGAUCUUCUGACGCCGACCACAGAAUAUGGAUUGGGCCAUAUGCUUUCAUUUCAUCAGAACAUUCCCUUUCUUCCUUAGCAAAACUUGCCUCCUGUUGUGAUGCUGCCCAAAACUUCAUUGUUUCUCAGAAUAACACUCCAGCUGGGACCAACAUGAGUUACGAGGUGGAAAGCAAAAAUGAAAUCCUAAUUAGAGAGAACAUUUUUAACAUGUUUCCAGUGUCUCAGCCUUUUAUGGAGCACCCUUAUAAUCGGUGUGCCGUGGUUGGAAACGGGGGGAUUCUGAAUAAGUCUCUUUGUGGAGCCGAAAUAGACAAAUCCGACUUCGUUUUUAGGUGUAACCUCCCCCCAAUUACAGGAAAUGUUAGUAAAGACGUUGGCAGUAAAACCAAUGUUGUGACUGUAAAUCCCAGUAUCAUAAAACUAAAGUAUGGGAACUUAAAGAAAAAGAAAGAAAUAUUUCUGGAGGACAUUGCAACCUACGGAGACGCAUUCCUUCUUCUGCCGGCGUUUUCUUUCAGGGCCAACACCAUUGCCUCUUUUAAAGUGUAUAACACACUCAAAGAGGCUCAUGCAAGACAAAAGGUUCUCUUUUUCCAUCCCAAGUACCUGAGAAAUCUCGCCCUCUUCUGGAGAACUGAAGGUGUGACAGAGUUUCGCCUGUCCUCUGGCCUGAUGGUCACAAGUGUGGCCGUGGAGCUGUGUGAGCACGUGAAGCUGUAUGGCUUUUGGCCCUUCUCUAGAACGGUAAAAGACACACCCGUCAGCCAUCACUACUACGACAACAACCUCCCUAAACGCGGUUUCCAUGAGAUGCCCAAAGAAUAUAGACAAAUUCUCCAACUUCACUUGAAGGGAAUCCUCAAAUUGCAAUUUAGCAAAUGUGACAUCGCCCAAGCAUAGUAUCUUAAGGUGGGGGUGGUUUUGAUACAACGCGGUGGGUGAGUGACAGUGUUUCCCCACAGGAAAAGCCAUGGUUGUAGGGAGAAGAGAAAGAGCCCUGAAACCUGGUUUGAUCAGAGCUCCCCGCUAAGCUUGCGUCCUCAGCAGCUCAUGAACUUGUUCGGAUUUGCAGUUUCCCUCCCUGUGAAAUGGGGACCGUGAUAAUCUAACUCGCUUCAGGCAAACGUGGUAAUCUGUGAAAACCCUUGGCAAAGGAUUUGGCCUGAUGAGGUAGGGACUCCCCGAAUUUUUCCUUGUUGGUAUCUAUUGUAGCCGUUUCCACUCUCACCAGACUGAUAAUAAAAGGCGGGUGGUCUUGAGGACCCUUCCUGGAGAGAACAGCUGUGAAAUGCCAGCGUUCGCUGGGGCUCUUUCCUCAGCACGCCUCUCUAUUAUGGGUCAUAUCCUUCUCGUCCUUCUUCCUGUCUUCGAAGAGUGCAUAUGAGGACUUACAGCAAACCCUUGAUUCUUCAGGAAUCAAAUCCUUCUCUUUGGGUGAUAAUGUGCCUGCUUCUGAUUACCUUCACAAAUUGUGUCGUUAGCUGCAACGGUGUGUUGGUUGGACUUAGGCCAAUGUUUUUCCUCCUUUGUCUACAUUUCAAAGUCACUCUUUAUAAUUUAUAUUAACUUCCUGACUUUACUCUUAAGCAUUUUCCUUUUCCACUGAGAACCUAUUUCAAGAGCAUGAGGAGUUACAGUACCCGGUUUUUCUUACCUGUGUUCUUAUCUGUGGGGUCACGCAUUCAAUUUAGUUGUUGUUGUUGUUUUUUUAAUUAUCAAACAGCUACUUCAUGCCAGACCCUGUAACAGGCUGUGUCUGUGAGAGGGACAUAAAGACCAAGCCCUUCAGGAAGAAAUGGACACGUGUAUGACCAACUGUAAUACGGUAUAAUAAAUGUUAUUACAACAGCUUUGAAUAAAGUACUGUGAGGAAACAGAGGUAGGAAUAAAUAAAUCUAUUUCAGUGGAAUCUGUUUCAGAGAAGAGGUCAUUUCUGAGUGAAGCCCAGAAAAUGAGUAAGGUGUUAACAA